AUGAGACUUGACACCCUGCCUAGCGAGAUUCUCGCCGAGGUCUGCUCGCUUGGUCUUGUUCUAUUAAGACAAGAUAUCAAGUCACUUAGACUCACCUGCCGUCGACUAGCUAUCGAAACCUCGCCUAUUCUUUUCUAUCGUAUUCAUAUCUCCCCUCUUCUUCAAGAUUUUGCGAACUUCUUCAGCAUUUCAAGAUCUCCGGGUCUUGCCCCCCUGGUCCGAGUCCUUGUCUGGGAAGAGCUUGGGUUUGACUUUUCCUAUCUUAAAGAUGGUUCCUGGAAGCGCCAGUUGCUUGAUGGUGAUCAACAGUUCUUUACAGAGCUCACCGAGUUCGUAUACUUUCUCUUUCUGUUGGAUAUUCAGCAUAUCUCGGGUUACCCCACGAUGGACACGGUAUAUCAUAUCCCGGGCCACCUUACCCGGCAUAUGAUACAUGAUAAUGACCCUCUGAUUCCGCAAUCGAACAUACAGGAUGAAUUUGUGUCUGCUAUUCGCAACAACAUGCCUAAUUUACAUACCCUGGCUUCAAGGCCUAUGGACCCUCGGCGGCGCCUUCAGCUCCCCUCCAUGGAUUAUUCCAUAAGCGUCGACAGUCUCAGGAACCUUUUACAGGAGAACGGAGCUGCCUUACGCUUUAACGUUGGCUUUACGGAUUUCCUCCUUCCUCUGCUCGAAUCCCCCACAACUCAGGCCAAAGACAAAGUGCCAACAAGCAAGAUUACACGUCUUUUCUACGCUGAUGAGGGUGUCAAUUCCCGUACAGCUCUCUACCGCAUGACGCCUUUAAAGCCCAGUGUUUUCAAACAUCUUAGUCAGUUGGACCUCUGUCUCACCGGCAAACAUGCUGAGACUAAUCCUUUCGCGGGGCUUCGGGCUUGUCUUGAGAACGCGAAAAGCUUGACGAGCCUGAAACUGUGUAACGAGGGUACCCCUGUUCCGUACUCUCCGGGUAUUAUUCCCACACUACCCAAACUUACCGACGUGGAAUUGGCAGAAACGGAUCUUCUUGGCAAGACCUUGAUCUCCCAGACUCUCAAGUUCAUCCAGCGCCAUGCGAAGACACUAAAAAGAUUGUACUUCACGUCUUCGGCAGUUGAGAGGUCUUUUCUUGCGAAGCUUGCGGAUAUGAAUUCGUUGCAGUUGGAGAGACUCGUUAUAACGUCAGGACAUAACAUCGAAGACGGCGGCGAUAACUACGGCAAUAACAGCACCGACGACGGCUCGGAGUCCGAUGCAGAAAACAGGCAUGAGUAUAUAAAUGAACAGGCAGUUCUUGCCUACGUCAACCGUGCGGAUAUCUCCAAUCAGGAGAAGCCACUGCCCCCUUUUCGAUUCACAAGCGGACAGACACAGAUAUUUACGCAUCCUCUGGUUUUCGAUACAACUACCUGCGAGCUUGCAGCCUUUAAUGAUACGCGGGAUAAUCUCUGGGAGAAGAGAGGAUAUGAUUCGAUGGAUAUCAAAUGGCUGGAUACUGCUACACUAGAACGACGAGACAAACAUGGGAUCGCGUAUGAUAUUGGACCUCGAAGGAUCUUCCAUUUUGAGACGGGCUUAUGGGUUGACUCGGACAAAGUUUUCUACGAUCCUGUCACUGAUGAAGAGGCCGAUGAUCCUCUUGAGAAGCGAGAGAAGCCUAAAGAUGGCUCCUGGACGGUCCAAGGGCAACGUACGUGGGACCCAGAAAUGGGCCUCUGGAGCGAUGGAGAAGGAAAGCUCAAGAAGUUCGCUACUGAAAGAGAACUUCCAGAAAGACCAGAAGUCCCCGAUGAAGACGAAGACUACGAUUUUGAUAUCGAAAUGCAGCCUUUCUACGACAGAGAAGAAGACGAAUAUCUUCUCAGAGUCGAAAACUCUCCAAGGUGGGACUGGGGACGAGACACAGAGGGCCGGAUUUGGUACUGGCAAGUAUCUGGCACAGCUGGUCACCCAACCGAGGUUUGGCGUUUCGAACACAAGGGAGAGGAAGCCUAUGGCAACGAUCCGCUGGAGUUUUGGGGUGACUGGUUCGAUGAUGAACCGGGGGAUAAGGCAGAAGCAACACCCUAUGGCUGGAAUCUGGCUGCAUUUUCUGCAGACCACAAAACAGCUGGCAGUGAAAUUCCGCAGCAGGGCUCAUGUGAGUCCCUGCGUCGGUACAAUAGAGAAGAUGACCCUGGCUGUCACUAUGAUAUUCCGAAGCCAGCGGACUUUGAGGUGUGGACGAACGUCUCAUGGUGUGAGCUUUAG